AUGUCUCUCUGGGGUUGCGAAGAGCUAUACGUCACCGGCUUACCAGCCGACGUUACCGAGCCGGAGCUCCGUGGACUUUUCGGAACUCAUGGCACGGUUAAGGAGGCUGUGAUUGUCAACAAAAAAGGACCUUCUGGUCCAAACGCGCCGCAGUCGAUGGCUGCCCACGCCGACGCGGUGAAGGCAAAGAAGGCACUUCACAAGUAUGACUGGAUGGGCAAGCAGAUCAGCGUCAAAUGGUCCCACAACCAGCGCGUGCUGUGGGUCACCAAUUUGCACGAAAGCGUGACAAAUGAGGUCCUGCAAUCGGCUUUUGCUCAGUUUGGCGCCGUGAGCAAGGCCGUUGUUGCUUGUGAUGCCCCGAACAACACGUCCAAAGGGUGGGGAUUUGUAGCGUUUGAGAACAAGCGCUUUGCAGUCAAGGCUCUCGAUGCCAUCCGCCAGCGUCCGUUCCUGAUUGGCGCUGGCCUGAGGCCAGUGGUGGCGGACUGGGCACGCAAUGAGGAGGUGGUGGAGGGCUUCAGUGAGGAGAAUGCGGCUCGCUUUCCACCGCCGCACAGCAAGGAAGACAUGCAGGGUGGUCGCCUGCUUGGCCUGCGUGCCGAGUACGAGGCGCUGCGCCUCCUCAUCAAGAACUGCUUGGCAGAGGCAGAGAAGCAAAUCAUAGUCACAGGCAAUGCGCCCCGGCUUGCGCACAUGUUGCUGUCCGACCCCUUCUUUGCGCCGCCUCCGGGUUACAUGCAACCCCCACCGCCGCGUCCGCCGAUGGGACCAGCGCCGCCGCCGCCACAUGGGCACAUGGGGGGUCCACCGCCUAUGGGCCCACCGCCUAUGGGCCCGCCGCCGCCGUAUAACUACCCGCCGCCGGGACCCCCCAGCGGUCCUGGCCCGAUGAAGCGCGAUGGGGAAUCUUUUCACCAUGUGCCACCGCCAAGCAAGCGGGCGAUGACGGGUAACCAGGCGGACCGGUUCAACCCAAACCCCAACACUCAGUCAAAGCCGGAGCAGCAGCAGGCUGGACAGCCGUCGCAGCGGUCUAAUGCCGCCUUCGUGCGCGGUGGCGAGCUGCACACGGUGAACCAAGGCGAAUCUGGUGCCAUUCAGCAGGCCCAGGCGGAGGGCGGCACAGCGCCGCCUGCGGCGGGUUCAAAGCCCCCUGGUAGUCACGACCACGGCGGCAUUGGCUUCUCGGGUUCCUCUACCCCUGCAGGUGGUGCGGGGCAGGGAAAGGGCCCUGCCAGCGCAGGCGCGCCGCAGGGUGGCUCGCAGGCGCCAUACACCACCUACCAGUACCCUUACAGCUCGCAGCAAGGAGGGCAGGCACCUCCGUCGGCACAGGGCGCGGGGACGUAUGGUUCUGGGGCACCACCGUCGUACCAGCAGCCGCAACAACACCAGCAGCAGUAUGGAUCGUACGGGGCGCCACCACCCUCUACCCCUGGUCAGGCGCCACAGCAGGCGUCGUACCAGCAACCUGCCGGCGCAUACGCUCCGACUUCGGAUCAGCAGCAGUACCAGUAUGGGUCAUACAACGGAUAUAACUAUUACCAGCAGCAGUCAACCCAGCCGGGACAGGCGCCGCCCUAUCCCGGAGGCCCACCGCCUUCUGGGCCGUCGCCCUCGGGGCACCCUGGUCAGCAGCAGCCGCCUUAUGGAGCGCCACCACCGCAGCAGUCCAUGUACUCAGCGCCGCCGCCGGGUCUGCCAGGACAGGGCUACUACAGCUAA